GCGCGCGGUUGCCAGGGUCGCUUUACGGCCCGGCGAUGGCGGAGGGCGAGCGGGCGGAGCAGAACGGCGGCCUCGGGCGGCCCCCCCGGGAGGGGGAGGCGGGGGCGCUGGAGCGGGCGGAGGUCCUCAAGAGCCAGGCCAACGAGUACUUCAAAGGCAAGGACUACGAGAACGCUGUGAAGUAUUACAGCGAGGCCAUCGACCUGAACCCCUCCAAUGCCAUCUACUACGGCAACCGCAGCUUGGCCUACCUGCGGACAGAGUGCUAUGGCUACGCGCUCUCCGACGCCACCAAGGCCAUCGAACUGGACAAGAAGUACAUCAAAGGCUACUACCGGCGGGCGACCAGCAACAUGGCCCUGGGCAAGUUCAAGGCCGCCCUGCGCGACUAUGAGACGGUGGUGAAGGUGAAGCCAAACGACAAAGACGCCAAGAUGAAGUAUCAGGAGUGCAACAAGAUCGUGAAGCAGAAGGCGUUUGAGCGCGCCAUUGCCAGCGACGAGCACAAGCGCUCUGUGGUCGACUCCCUGGACAUAGAGAGCAUGACCAUCGAGGACGAGUACAGUGGCCCCAAGCUGGACAACGGGAAGGUGACGCUAGCGUUCAUGAAGGAGUUAAUGCAAUGGUACAAGGAUCAAAAGAAACUCCACAGAAAAUGUGCCUAUCAGAUCUUGGUGCAGGUGAAGGAGGUGCUCGUCAAACUUCCCACGCUAGUAGAAACCACGUUAAAAGAGACAGAGAAGGUCACCGUGUGUGGAGACACCCACGGGCAGUAUUACGACUUGCUGAAUAUAUUUGAACUGAAUGGGCUGCCGUCUGAAACGAACCCAUAUAUAUUCAAUGGGGAUUUCGUCGACCGCGGCUCCUUCUCCGUGGAAGUGAUAUUAACGCUGUUCGGUUUUAAGCUGCUGUAUCCGGAUCAUUUCCACUUACUCCGUGGGAAUCACGAGACGGACAACAUGAACCAGAUCUACGGGUUUGAGGGGGAGGUGAAAGCCAAAUACACAGCCCAGAUGUUUGCGCUUUUCAGCGAGGUCUUUGAGUGGCUGCCCCUGGCACAAUGCAUCAAUGGCAAAGUGUUGAUAAUGCACGGCGGGCUCUUCAGCGAAGACGGGGUCACGUUGGACGACAUCCGGAAGAUCGAGAGGAAUCGGCAGCCUCCGGAUUCAGGUCAGGACAGGAAGGCGCGCCAUGCGCGGGGUGGGAUGUUGUCUCUGGCCGGGCCUUUCCCACUGCUAGAGGUUGCACUGGUGGGGCGGGACGGUCCCUUGGGUGCACAGAUCCUGGCCCAUGGGGAGAGACGGGGAGACCUCUUGGAUCGCACGGUACGGCAGAGUCGUCAGCAGCUGCCUGCUUUUGUGAAGCACCCGUCCCUGUAGUACGUGGGCACCUCCGCUGGUGCUAGUCCGUGUCGCCUCAGUGACUACAAUGGCUCUGUGCUGGUUUACAUCAGUGGGGAGCUGGCCCGCAUAAUGCUCUGGGGCUGGGCAUGACCUUACCCCUGUUCCCAGCUCGGCCAUCUCGCACCAGAUCCUCCUCCCUUGCUGCCUUUGACCCCCAUGGGACUGGGCCUCAAGAAUUCCAGGCUUGUCAGAGGCGUGCUGGUGUCAGGUGAUGCAGCAAGGUGUGGAAACCACUGAGGGAUCCCCUGGAUCAGUUGCCUUGGUAAAUCUGGAGGAAGUCACAUGGGCCGUUUAAAGAGGCAGGACUGAGGAAUGUAGAGGAGUGUAAAGGAAUUACGUUUUGGCCAGAUAACAUGGCCCCCUUCCAAGGGAGCUGAGGGAAACCUGACAGCUGGGGUCUUUGAAACAAGGUU